AACUGUUGGUCAUAUAAUACCACAAAUAUGGCUCAUGUAAACUGGUUUGACCUUAUCAUGCUAUACAAAAAGGUUAUCAGAUCUGCAAUGCUGUAUACAUUAAAAACCUCAGGUACUUACAGGUAAAAACUAGGUAAUUACAGAACAAUCAAGCUAAUUAUAUUCUGUUUACAAAAUAAAAUGAAACAAUACUGAACAAGCAUUAACAAGAUAAUUAUACUCACUUUAAACUUAACUACAAUGUAUGUUCUAAUUUAGAGGGAGUUACUUAUAACAGAUGUGAUGGUGUCAGGCCUAUUAUUUGAACUCGGUAAGACACUACACAUAUGGCAGAGAACACCCUGAUCAGCUUACAGCCACUUUAUUAUUGAUGAUCUGGUUGGACAAACCCAAGCAGCACCUCUGCUUCUCAUUUAGCCUCGAACAGCAGGUGGGGAACACUGGACGCCUAGUCCCUGUGCCCAGUCUAAGUGAAGCGGACCGAUAUCAACCCCUAAGUCUGGUGACGAGGAAAAGGAGACGACAUUUCUGGAAGAAGACCAAAUAUGCCACAACCCCUUUCUCGCUGAAAGACAUACUCGUGGGAGAUAAAGAGAUCACAGCAGGGGUCUCCUCAUAUCAGCUCCUGAACUAUGAGGACAAGUCUGAUGUUGCCCUUAAUGGGCGUUUGGGCAACCAUCUGAUCCAUGAGGUGGGAGUAAACGUGAGUGGUUCAGAUUCUGUGGCAGUAAAGGCCUCAUUUGGAAUUGUGACCAAGCAUGAGGUGGAGGUUCCAACAUUACUGAGAGAACUCAAUGCAAGGAAAGUUGACCUGGAUCACUGUUUGAUCCGUCAGUCCAAAGAGAGUGGGCGGACUGUCCUGUGUGUUGUCAUGGAGAGUAUCCGCACCACGAGACAGUGUUCCCUCACUGUCCAUGCUGGAGUGCGAGGAACUACCAUGAGGUUCCAGAUAGAUGAUGGUCGAAACCCUAAAGGUCGAGAUAAAGCCAUUGUAAUUCCAGCCCACACGACCAUAGCAUUCAGUGUGCUAGAACUUUAUGUGCGUCUUGAUGGACGUCUAGACAUAUGUGUGGCUCCAGAGUCAGUAGGAGGGUUUGAGAGGGAACAGAUCCGUGAGCAGCUAGGGGGAUUCAUUGGCCGCUUUUCCGUUGGAAGACUUAGGAGAUUCAUGUCGGGAAUCAUCUAUGGAAAUCCUUUCAGAGCAGAUGACAGGACAUUUGAAGAGCUCACUCACUCUGAUAUGUACAUGGAUGAUGUUGUGACGGACUACUAUGAGAAGGCUGCCAGCAUGACGGACCUGUCCACGGCCUACCUGCGGGAUGAAAAACACACACGUGUAAAUUUGCUCAACCAUAACAUACCUAAAGGACCGUGUGCCUUGUGUGGAAUGGGCCACCAGAGGCGUGAGACUGUCUACGGCUGCCUGGAAUGUUCUUCAGGGGGAAACAAAUAUGUCCGUCUCCACGCUGUACCAUGUUUUGACCUCUGGCAUAAAACUAUGAGGUGAGAAAUGGCCUGGAGGAACUCCCAGGGUGAUUAUCAUGCAAAUGUUGUGCAACAUGACCACAAGAUGUAAAACCCUCAGCUUUAAUUUUGGCGUAAACACAUUUUAUGAAAGCAAGAAUGUUCUUUGCUCAUUGUUGGAACUGACAUUGUAAAACAGAUGAUUUCAACAAAUUCUAAAACAUCUGACCUCAAUCUGAUUAUUAAGUAAUUUGUUUAGUGAUUGAUAUAUAAUGUUUCCUUGUUUUCUCAGCUUGUAUGAGUGUACAUUAUUAUACCCCUAGUAUCAUAGUUGUUAAAUAAUAAUUAUUAUCUAGUACAGGCCUGUCCAAACUCGGUCCUGGA